AUGACAGAGAGCACGUCAGCGCACUGCUUCUACUGUCUGUGCUCCGUGUGUGGACAGGGGCUUGCUGACGUGCCCACUCUCAUGUGCGACGCCUGCGGAUCUCGCACGCAUAUAACCUGUGCCCGGGAUGUCUACUCAAAUGAGUGGCUCUACGAUGAGGUAGCUGUGGUGUCGACAGCCACAACUGGUGCCGGGGGUGGUACUGUCGGUUUGUCCAACACGGUUCCGGUCUCUGCGAAGAACCGGCGGAUGCCGAGUACUGCACCGGCGUCACACGAUGGCGAGGGCACCGAGGGCUCGCCUAAGGCCGCCGCUGUUCUUGUCGCGCCAUCAGGUUUGUCAGUUUCCCCACCACUCAGUCGCGACUCCUCGCAUGCGACUCUGCUGCCGUCGCCGCAAGAGCUCCGCACCGCGGCGGCACGGAUCGACAAGGCAUAUAACUACUACUGUCACCUCGACUGUGCCAUGGGGAUGGAGGUGGUGCGUAACCCGCAGUUCGAUGCAGCUCUCUCAUGCACAGUCGAGCGCGCCUUCGCACGGGAGUGGACACGCAUAAAGGAGUUACUGGUAUCCGCUGGGGUAAUCAGUAACCACCAACACCAAGUCGACACGCGCGAUGACGCGGCUGCAAAGGAACAAACUUCAUCUCCUUCCUGCUCACCCGUCAAGAGCGCUUCUGCUGCCCCAGUGAAUGCGGAGGGUGCAGAGGAGAGCACUGCGACGUCAUCCUUCUGCUCUUCGCCUCCACCGACGUCGACAACUUGCCCAGCAGUACCUGAUGGAGGCACGCAUGGCUGUGCAUUGCACGCAAGUGCGACGAAUUUUGCUGAUAUCACUGGUUGCCACCCGUCAGUUGCCCUGGAGGUGCUGCGGCUCUACCACCAGCUGCGCGCUGAAGCGUGGGCGGAGUACUUUGAGCAGGAACGGCACCACUUCGGGCACCCGCUCUUCUACCCGCCUCCAUUCCUCGACAUAGCGCGGGACGCCGCGGUAGGGCAUGUCGUGGAGGCCGCGUCCCCCCAAGGACAGGCCGCACGACUCUACCUUCUCGACCGCAGCACCCACCCUGUGGGAUCGGCGGUGGCGAUUCCGGUUGGUGUUCUGUCACGGUGGCAGCAGCCGACGGCGGCGCCGCUCAUCAAAGAGAACGACUCGAACAACUUUGUCGCGGAGUCACUGGAGCGGAUCGUGAAUGACGCUGUGGCGCCGGAGACGGUGGUUGUGUACCGCAAAAGCAGCAAGGAGGGUCGAGUGCUGGUGUGA